GACGUCUGUCUCAGUUUGACUCACGACUCUGAAUGAGAAAGGGCUAGAUUCUUUGUAUCUUGCUGAUCAAGGCGAGAAGACUUUGAUAAAGGGGCUUUAAUUCUUUCUGGACUUCUUUAUCUCUGCAGUCUUCGUUUCGCACUUGUGUUACCCCCACCUCUCUGUCUCGCUCUCUUCCCCACCAACAAUCGCGCACAUCACCACGUAACGACUGGGAAAUAUAGCAAUAGACUGUCAUUGGAAAAAUCACCCAUCAUGCCUCAACAGGACCCUACGCAGGUCGCACAGCUCGUCGAAAGCCUGGGGGCUGCCAGUAAGAGGUCCAAGACCGAGGGCAAGCGCGCGUUCUCAUGCAAGAAAACCACCUUUCCCGUGGCAGGCUCUGACAACAUCUCGGUGGAUUCGUGGAGGUUUAUGGACUGGGAUUACAAGCGCAGCGAUCUCCCUACAUAUGCGCGAGGUCUUUUCACCACGAAGAGAAAGGAUGGCACCCCCGAAAUCGCUGUCCGCGGUUACGACAAGUUCUUCAACGUCGAUGAAGUGAACUCGACCAGAUGGAGGAAUAUCGAGACAAAUACACGGGGUCCCUACGAGCUUAGUGUGAAGGAAAAUGGUUGCAUUAUUUUCAUAUCUGGACUGGAGGAUGAUACGUUAUUGGUCUGCAGCAAGCAUUCGACUGGAGUCCGCAGCGACGCUGAAGUGAGCCAUGCCCAGGCCGGUGAAAAAUGGGUCGAGCGUCAUGUCGCGGCUGUAGGCAAGUCUUCGAAGGAUCUAGCGAGGGAACUGCGAAGGUUGAACGCCACAGCCGUAGGAGAGCUCUGUGACGACAGCUUCGAAGAGCACGUUCUUGCUUACGACCAGGCCGCCUCGGGCAUCUAUAUUCACGGUAUCAACUUUAAUCUGCCACAAUUCGCAACACUGCCCAGCUCCGAGGUUCAUCAAUUUGCCGAUUCGUGGGGCUUCAAGAAAGCGAACUUUGUUGUCUACGAUGAUAUCAAGUCGGUCAAGGAAUUCCUCGAUCAAUGCGCCGAGACUGGAACAUGGAACGGCCGAGAGACCGAGGGAUUUGUGAUCCGUUGUCAAAUGAGCGAGGGUGGCGGGCCAUACCAGGAUUGGUUCUUCAAGUACAAGUUUGAGGAGCCAUAUCUCAUGUACAGACAAUGGCGUGAAUGCACCAAGGCAGUUAUCGCGGGCAAGCUUCCCCGGAUAAAGAAACACCAGAAGAUCACUGAAGAGUAUCUGCUUUAUGCCCGACGACAGCUCGCCCAAAACCCGAGCUUGGGAAGGCUCUACGCCCAGAACCAUGGAAUCAUUUCGAUGCGGGAAGGGUUCCUUCAGGAGCGAGGCUUGAAGGGUUCUGAGAUUAUCGCCAUGGAAUCAGCCGCCGCAGGACAAGAAGUGACACAGAAUGUCAUUCUGGCACCUAUUGCCUCGCUCGGCUCUGGCAAGACCACCGUGGCUCUGGCACUUACCAAGCUGUUCGGAUGGGGCCACAUCCAGAACGACAACCUCCCAAAGCAAAAGAACAAGGGAAAGAAGUUUGCCUUGGAUAUAACCAAUGCUCUCGGACAGAGCCCCGUCGUGUUCGCUGAUCGUAACAACCACCAGAAGCGCGAGAGAAAGCAACUCAUGGACGAUGUCACUCCGGUUAUUCGCGACGCCCGAUUCGUCGCACUGCAUUAUGUCCACGAACCCAAGGGCCAGUUGCUUCCUGGAAUCAGAGAGGUGACCCGACAGCGUGUUCUUGAACGAGGAGACAACCACCAAACCAUCCGAGCGGGCACCAAGAACUCCGAGGAGAUCAUCGGUAUCAUGGAAGGAUUCCUCAGCCGCUUCGAAGCUGUCGACACAGAACGGGACCCCGACGAGAACUUCGACGAAGUCAUCAACCUCGACGUUACAGCAUCAUCCCGCGAAAACCUCGAAAAGGUCGUGGCAGCCCUCCACGCCGCCUACCCCCGCAUCGUAGACCGCAUCCCUUCAUCGCAGGAACUAGACGACGCCAUCAACUGGGCCAUGACCGACUACCACGUCCAGCUCGACCUCAGCCACACCUACGGCUCUUCUAAGCAAACCCAAAAGAAAGGCGCCAAACCCCCCAACAACCCCUCCUCCCAGUCCGCCGCACCACCCAUCCAGUCCCCCGAAGCCCUCGCCAAAAAGAUCGAAUACUUCGGCAUCUCCCUCCCAACCUCGGAAGUCUCCUCCCUCCUCCACUCCCUCUUUCCCCCCUCCACCCCUCCCACCCAAGCACGCCUCUACAACCAACUCGUCAACUCGCGCCGCGUCCAACCAGCCUUCCACGUCACCCUCAUCCACCGCGCCUCCAAAAAGGACUCCCCCCAUAUCUGGGACCGUUACGCAUCCCACUACAUCGACACCCUCAAAGCAUCCCCGGACUCCAACGCCUCCGUCACCGGUAGCCCCACGCUCGCCCCCGCGCGCGUCCGCCUCGAACGCCUCAUCUGGGACUCCCGCAUUAUGGCUUUCGUCGCGAGAAUCAUGCCGCCCGAUGACCAGAGUGUGUCGGACUGGCCCUGCGCGAAUGCGCUGCCGCACGUUACUAUUGGGACGGCUUCGCCGGACGUCAAGCCCAAGGAGAGUAAUGACUUGCUGCGGCGCUGGCUUGAGGUUGGGUCUGGUGGUGAGACGGGCAUUUGGGAGGCGGAGAUUCCGGGCGUGAAGGUCGUUCAGGGUUCGAUUGGGGUUGUUAUGAGCCGGGGAAAGUAGAUUUGAUAUGAGAAUGAGAGUGAGAAGG